CUGUUUGGCCUUGGUUAGGCACGCGGCGUGACAAGACGACGGCGCGUGUUUACGUCUCGCUGUGCGUCGUGUGCGUGUCGUAAGCACCGUCAGCAAGCUUGCCGUCAGUGUGUAGCCAGACAGUGCAGUGUGUGCCUUGACGGCCUCGACUGCUAGUCGCGUCUGCACGCAGCGUAAAGGCGUAAAUCUCUCGCAGCCGCAGUGAACAACCAAGCAUCACUUCCUUCGUUGAGGAAACCUAAUCGAGGCCUGAAUCAGCCGUUGUGAUUUUGAAGCCAGCAUGGAUCCUUUCAUCAAAUCUUUUUUUGAAUGUGUCUGGUUCAGUGUUCUCCUCAAUCUGGCAUACGCUUUUGAUGAAGAGUUUGAAAAAAAAUGGAAUAGCAUGCAUAAACGGACCAUCUUGGCUCCUGGAACAAUCGUCACCAUAUUUGUCGCCUUGAUGAUUGCAGCAACUUGUAUAAGCCUGCUCUGUUUCUGCCUGCGACGACAGCGCAAUAUAUAUAAUGCCAGUCCUUGCGUUCCACCUCCGCUGACACCAGCUGCACCUGUAGUGACGUCGGGGGCAAGGACGCACGCCCCACUUGACUCGUAUCCUCUGGUUUCGGGAGCGACUCUGUCUCCGGCCACACCAAGUCCACAGCAGACUUACUACCCCCAGCCAACUGCACCAUAUUUACAGGGGGGCCCCCACAUGGGCAACGAUGCCGCACCACUGAUACAGCCGCCGGCUGCCGUGUUGCCGUCGCCAUCCGCACCACGCGAGCCACUGCCAUAUGAGCGACCACCACCAUAUGCGAACCAAUCUGAAGAAUCUUAUGUCAUGAAAUCAUAGUUGAGCACAGCCUUGCAUGGUAACCGCAC